AUGACCCAACAAUUGGUAGUCGUGUUUACCUGGCUGUGUGCGGCCCUGUUGUCCAUUCGUGGCUACCAGACAUCAGUGUCGGCACAGUCGUGUCAUCUGAGGGAACUGGAUCUGUGCGCGGCUACACUGUUGGUGUUUACCCAGAAUCCGGCCGGCAUUGCCACCACCGAAAACGAACUGAACAAACAGUGCGGUUAUCUUCGCGAAGCCGACUUUUGUCUACGAAACUAUACCCGCCGGUGCUCAACACCAUUGCAACGCGAGCUCAUACAGUUUGUUACUGAGGGUUCGCUGAGACUACUGUCCGAGUACUGUACCCGCGGAUCGCAACUACAGCACAGUUAUCUAAAGCACGCCAGCUGUCUGAACAGUGCCCAACGUACCCAACGUAUAUGUGUCAAAGAUCUUCAGGCGGCACUGGAAGUGGUCACACAAGUCGAAUGGGACAAACGUAUACCGGCCGGUUGUUGCGCCUACAGGCGCUUUCUCCAGUGCAUCGAAAAUCUGGUCGAAAGCCGGUGCGGUAAAGAGGCCGUAGAAUUUAUGAAACUAUUGCUACGUAUGGCCCUAUCCCGACUACCCGAUAUUGUUUGCCAGGGCUAUGGUCACGAAAAUUCUGAAUGCAAAACACUGUUACCGCCGGCCGGCACCUAUCCGAAAGGUCCCCGCUCCAAUAGCAUACUGUCCCGAUUGUUUUCGGCCUAUACAGGCUUGUAA